AUGACAGAAAAUUUGAAGCACUCACUAGAUAGUAUCAGUAGCUCCCAUUCUCCGCAUAGACCUUCAAAGAUUUCCAAAACCACCGACGAUCUCAGCGACGACGAACAACAACAACAACAACAACAACAACAACAACCAGAAUCGAUGAGCCAACGCCCUGGAAUUCAACGGUAUCUACUCGCAAUAGAGUACAUUGGGACUCGCUUCUCGGGGUCUCAGCAACAGUCCAAUUGCCGUACAGUAGUUGGCGUUCUUGAGGAGGCUUUUCAGAAAUUUAUUGGCCAGCCGGUUUCAAUAUUCUGUUCAAGUCGAACUGAUGCAGGAGUCCAUGCCUUGUCGAAUGUUUGUCAUGUAGAUGUUGAGCGCAUAAGCAAAAGGAAGCCUGGUGAAGUGUUAGAACCCCAUGAACCUGCAGUAGUCAAAAGAGCUGUGAAUCAUUUCUUACAGAAGAAUGAAGGUGACGUAACGGUGAUUGAUGUUCGCAGUGUCCCAGCUAAUUUUCAUGCUCGAUAUAAAGCCCAAGAGCGCACGUACUUCUACCGCUUGCUGUCUGGGGCAGAGCCUUUGUCAACCUUUGAAAAAGACCGGGCAUGGCAUGUACCAGAAGAGCUGAAUCUUCGAGCUAUGCAGGAAGCAUGCAAGGUUCUGGUUGGACAUCAUGAUUUUAGUUCCUUUAGGGCAGCAGGUUGUCAGGUUGUUCCUUACCUCCAAAUUGUUGCAUUCAUAGUUGGUCUCUGGGGUAUUUGUGCCCCAUUUGGCACUGUGGUUAGACUGCUUGUUGGUGUACUGAAAGCUGUUGGGACUGGAGAUUUAAAAGUACCUGAUGUUGAGAGGAUCUUGAAUGCGAAGACAGUGACUGCUGCUAGUCCCAUGGCGCCUGCUUGUGGUCUAUAUCUUGGACAUGUAAAUACGAUUUGCCCUGAGAGGAAAACUGUAACUCUGUCAGAUGUUUACGAUGGACUUCUGCGGAAUCUUAAAGAAGACGUGUGA